AUGGAUAAAAAUCUGUGUAGUAACUUCCUUUUAGUAAAGGCGAAAUUUCCUGAUGAAUUGAGUAAUGGAGAGUAUCAAUUUAUUGAUGAGUAUUUCAAAAAGUAUUGUACUAGUGGUUGUAAUGAUCCUAUCGCAAAAAUUAAUGCUGGUUGUUUAUAUUUUUUUGAUGAAUUCUUUGGGACUUCUGAGUUGUUUAAGUCUGUUGCCAAAAGUAACACCAAUAUUGUUGAUUACAUUAUUAUAUGGUUAAGUUAUAUGUUAAACCUAAAAGAAAAUACUAAUAGCAACAUCAGCCAUCUAAAACAUUUUUAUGAUACAACUAUAAAUAAUGAUAAGUACACAAAUCCUAUAGAUAAUGUUUCGGAGUAUAAAAAUUAUAAGGAUCUUAUAGAUAAAAAACACGAUUUGACGAAUAAUGAUAUGAAUAAAAAUAUUAUAUCUAAAUUAUAUGAAGCAUUUAAUAUAUUAUGUAAUAUGUAUACUGAAUUUGAUGAAAGCAAGCCAAAUUGUGAGAAAAUUUUGGAAAAGGCUAAUAAAUUUGUUGAAAAAUAUAAAGAAUUAGAUGGAAAUUGUAAUAUUACUGGAAAAAGUUCAUGUAGUAAAAUAUUGUUUACUUUAUCAUCUGAUUAUAUUAAUUUUAAAAAUAAAUGUAAUGAUAUUCCACCUCUUCCAGGGAUAGCAUCAGAAAUUUUUGCACAAAGACUUGGAUUUACAUCAAGUUCAUCGAUAGCAACAAAAUUAUUUAUAGUUUUAUCGAUAUUUGGUGCAAUAGGAUUUUUUUUUGGAAUUUCUUAUAAGUAUUCAUUAUUUGGAUUUCGGAAACGAUUUAAAAAACAACAAAUAAGAGAAAAAAUAAAAAAUAUAAAGAAGAAAAUGAAUCAAUAA